UCAAUAUAUUGGAUAUACAACCAUACAACACGGACGUAAAACUGUGGUCUGAAACUUCAACAGGAAAAAUUACAAUUGCGUUUAUUAUAGUUUUCCUUCUGGUUUUAAUGAUCGUCUUAUUUUUUUUAUUUCGUCAAUACAAACGAAUGAAGAAGAAAACAACUGUUAUUCCAGUGACGACAGCUAUUGACGCAAACAAGAAAGGAACAGACAAAUCACACUUGUUAAAUGUUUCUGGAAAAAAUAAAAACAUACUGAAAGACGGCAAUACCUCAAAAAACACAAAUAUUAAAAGAAUUCAUUUUGAUGAUGAUUUCAGCUUGAGAAGUUUCUUUUCUGGAAGGACAAUUGAUCCAGUGACUGGCAAGUUAUACGAAUAUAAUAAAAAGACCCAGGAAAGACGUUGGGUUACAAAGUGACCUAAUGAAGAAGAAAAUAUUGGAAAAAAAGAAAGAAAAAGAAAGCAGUUAGGAGAAGAGGAAGAAAACAUGGCAUAAAGUUGACACUGACAUUAUAAAGAGAUGGAAGCACAUACACAACACUGCUAUGUACGCGUGCACACAUACACACAUAUGUGGAUUGUACCAAUCGAUUAGAUUAAUAGUUAUACCUUUAUAUACCAGCAGUCAAUCGAGGUGUAUAAAUAUAUCUAUACAGGCAGAUAUACCAGGGUUGAUCAAUAAGUAUCCGGACU